AUGCAGAAGCCCCGGUUUGACCUGUCAGAUCUUUCUAUCCCGAGCUCGCUGAAGAAGUGCAAAGAGUUCCUGCCACAGCUGCUGGAAUCCAACGCCACGCUGGCUCGCAAGAUAUCAGAAGGUGAUUCUAGUCACGUUCUCGAUGCCGAGAUGCACGUCUACCGUGGGAGUCACAGCCCUGACCACGUCACCGACGAACAGGAGGAAGGCAAAAUAGUCCUAGACGUGGGCGUCGGCGUUUUCGACGUGAACAGUAUGCAAACUGACGAUGAAAGCCUCAAGGCUUCCGGAGUGACCACCGUUACCCUGGAUCCGCGCAGCGAGGUGUUUAGAACGGAUGAACCGUUGAUUACGGAGGUGGAACGACCCGGAAACAGCGGUUAG